CAGAGGGGAACAAUGUGGUCUGCAAAGAUCAGAUAGACAAAAUAUGCAGAAAUCAUUCAGGCACAAUCAGUAGUAGAUGGAAAGUACAUGAUUUCCUAUAUUCAAAGGGUCAUUUUUACCUUCGUUUGAAUAUUCUAAUUUGAAUUGUGCUGAGCACUGAAAUUUACAUGAAGAGAGAUCCUUCUUACAAGAUGUGGAGGUCCUGACACUGGGUUGCUGUGCCGCCAUGGAUUACUAUAUUACUUCACUCAACAAAGAACAUGAAUUCAGGAUUCUGCCAGAAGAUAUUGCUUCGAGCUCUCACACUUUCAAGCAGAAAUAUUUCAAGAAGUCCAAGCCUUGUUCAGUCUGCAAGCAACCUGUGAGUGACCAGGGAAUAUCAUGCCGAGUGUGCAAGUAUGUCUGCCACAAAAGAUGUGAAAUAAAGGUGGUGACUCCAUGCUCUCUUCCUGUGAAUUAUGAGUUGCCGAACAAGAUUGACACAUACACAAGUCAUGUAACCGAACUGGAAUCAAACAGCUUUUCAAAAAGUUCCUCUUCUUGUGACAAAUUGUCUCAAAACUUGGACUUUGACCGAAUCAUGGAAGAAGGAUAUGAGCUUGACCUCACCUUUAUAACAGAGCGCAUUAUAUCAGUGUCAUUCCCCAGUGGCUGCUCAGAUGAAACAUACCUUCAUAAUCUCCAAGAUGUAACACGGAUGCUAAAAUCAAAGCAUGGGGACAAUUAUUUGGUAUUGAAUCUAUCAGAAAAACGCUUUGACCUUUCCAAACUUAACACUAAGGUAAUGGAUGUGGGUUGGCCAGAUCUACAUGCUCCCCCACUAGAUAAAAUGUGCACUAUUUGCAAGGCAGUGGAAUCAUGGCUGAACACUGACCCUUUACAUGUGGUGGUUAUUCAUUGCAGAGGUGGAAAAGGAAGAAUUGGAGUAGUGAUAUCAUCAUACAUGCACUUUACAAAUGUAUCUGCAAGUGCUGACCAAGCUCUAGAUCGCUUUGCCAUGAAGAAGUUUUAUGAUGAUAAGGUGUCAGUACUCAUGCAGCCAUCUCAACUAAGAUAUGUCAGUUUUCUGAAUGGACUGUUAUCUGGGAUGGAAAAGAUGAAUGCCAGCCCUCUCUUCUUGCAUUAUGUCAUUCUUCAUGGUGUUCCUAAUUUUGAUGCUGGUGGAUUAUGUCGACCUUUCAUAAAAAUUUACCAGGCGAUGCAACCCGUGUAUACAUCAGGAAUAUACAAUGUUGGACCAGAAAACGAAAACCGAUUAAGCAUUGCCAUUGAGCCAGCCCAGCUCAUCAAGGGUGACAUUAUGAUCAAAUGUUACCAUAAGAAAUAUCGUUCUGUAACCCGUGAUGUCAUUUUCAGGCUGCAGUUUCAUACAGGGGCUGUUCAUGGUCACCGACUGAUUUUUGGAAAAGAAGAGUUAGAUCAUGCAAAUAAAGAUGACAGAUUUCCAGAAUUUGGAAAAAUUGAACUAGUGUUUUCAGGAACUCCAGAGAAAAUCGUUGGUGCUGCAAACUUUCAGAACAAUCAGGGGAUAACCAUUGAUUACAAUACUUGUGAUCCUUUGAUACGCUGGGAUUCCUAUGAAAAUACAAGUCUGAAUGGAGAAGUGCCCCACACCCAGGGACCUCUUGAUGGAAGCUUGUAUGCCAAAGUGAGAAAGAAAAGUCUUUCUGAUGGACCGGUUACAGUUAUUGACCCUGAAGUUCCCCUGACGAGCAGUCCCGAUCAUAGUGAUCACACCUUGUCUGUUAGCAGUGAUUCUGGACACUCUACUGCUUCUGUUAGAACUGAAAGAACAGAAGAAAAGCUUGGAUUAAGAAGCAAACGAGGUCUGAGUCCAAAAGAAAAAGCAGAAUUGGAUCAACUUUUAAGUGGGUUUGGGGUAAAUAACCCAACAAGCUCACUGAAGGAUAUGACCGAUGCUCAAAACAAAUAUAGUGGGACACGCCAUAUAGUACCUGCACAAAUUCAUGUAAAUGGAAAUAUAAAACUCAAAGAAAGGGAAACUGAUAUUUUAGAUGACGAAAUGCCAAAUCAUGAUUUACACAGUGUGGACAGUAUAGGUACUUUAUCAUCAUCAGAAGGCCAACAUUCAAACAACCUUGGUAACUUUAGCUGCCAUAAGAGUAGUCAGAAUUCAUUGCUGUCUGAUGGGUUUUGCAGUAACACUGGAGAUGAACAUGGUCAUAAUGUAGUGCCUGACUUGGGUAUCAGCAUUGACCAUAUGUAUGAAAGAUCAUAUGCCAUCCAUGAGCCAAAGCAAGUUCAACAGCCUACAGCCCAACCUCCUCCCUAUGUACAGAGCAAUUACUCUACUCAAACGUGGGUCCAGCAACAACAGAUGGUCAGUUCACAGCAGUACAACUAUAGUGGUGAUAAUGAAAGUCGCUUCAGUAUACAUACUUCACCUAAAUUGUCUUCAUCUAAUGUGCCUGAAAUGUCUAAAGUCUCACCUAUAUCGAACAGUGGAUUUAAUCACAGGGAUGCAGUGCAAAGAAGUGUGUCAAGUUCUGCUCAGGACAUAGCUCCUGAAAUUAACCAUCUCCCAUUAUUAACAGAGCUAACACCCAAUGGCAUCGAGGUGGGGAGUGAAGACAUGCCAUCUUCUCCAACACUGGAUAUUGACCAGUCAAUUGAGCAGCUUAAUAAAUUAAUAUUAGAGCUGGAUCCGACUUUUGAACCAAUUCCAACCCGGAUGAACUCUAGUACAGCAAAUGCUAGCUUACUGGCUGCUGAUGUGGACAACAGUGGUCUCCAUACCCCUUUAGAUGCAGACAAAAGACGAAAGCUAUUUCAAGAAGGCUCACAGAACAGCAGUUCAUUAACCAGAGCCAGAAAGCUUAGUUUUGGUCAAUAUGACAAUGAUGCUGCAGAUCCACAAUGUAACAGAUAUGAAUGGAAGAGAUCUCCAGAGCAAGAUUCUGCACCCAAGUCAUUUGCUGCCAUGGGGCAGUCACAGUCCAAAGAGGAUACAUUUUACAGAUACCAGGGGGAUGUUGACGAAGUAGAUAACAUCUUCAAUUGUUCAAAACAUGGUGGUGAAGUUGUUCCACCGACACCAGCUUUCCCUAUUUCACCAGAGACUCCGUAUGUGCGUACACCUCCAAACUACUCUCAGAUGACUGAGGCAGGACAUCAGUUCUACAGCCCUUCUGAUAUGACAAGUUACAGUGAAGGUCUUAAGCAAAGAGUCCUCCCCCCUGAGAGUUCCAUCGGAUCAAACUCUGUGUUCUUCAUGACUGAGUUACAGAGAUCUUCAGUACAAAGGACUGCGUCUCCUGCAACCAGAGAAGAAAGCAUUUCAGAAGUUGAACAUCUCUGGGCGGAAAAUGCACCAAAGGCAGCACUAUCUUACCAGUCUUCACUGAAGAACAGAAAUAGGUCACUAGUAAGUGACAUGCAUUCGACAGAGUUUUUGAACUCUGACAGAUCAGUUUUGACCCAAGACUCCAACCCAGGGCAUCAGUGUCUUAAGAUAAGUGCUUCCGAUCCAGGACACACAGAUCUGCAAGAGAACUCUGCAAACAGAAAUGCCCAGGCUUAUUUGAACUUUGAAAGUCAUGUUAUUGCCAGCAGUAAUCCUCAGAGGGAUGAAAAACAUGUAUCCCUUCUUUCAAGUACAAAUGGUUCUCCAAAAACCAUAAGAACAGCAUUUUCAUUGGAUAGUAAUAACUUCCAAAACCAAGGCAGUCCAGUCCUACAACAUGUAAAAAAUCUCCAUUCACAACCACCCCUUCCUGAGAAAAAGAGAAUUUCUGAAGGGGAACAUUCGCUUGGCUCGGUCUCCCCUUCUUCCAGUGGAUUUUCAAGUCCGAACAGUGGCAGUACAAUCAGCAUUCCAUUUCCCAAUGUACUCCCCGACUUUUCGAAGGUGUUAAGCGAAUCUCCUGUCCAAGAACAUUCAACCGAUAAACACAUGACUGUAAAAUUUGUGCAAGACACCUCAAAAUUCUGGUACAAGCCUGAUAUUUCAAGAGAACAAGCUAUUGCAGUUCUGAAGGACAAGGAACCUGGUUCAUUUAUUGUUAGAGAUAGCCAUUCCUUUAGAGGAGCAUAUGGUUUGGCUAUGAAAGUUGCCACGCCACCUCCAUCAGUUAUGCAGCUAAACAAGAAAGGUGGAGACUUGACAAACGAACUUGUCCGGCACUUCUUAAUUGAAUGCAUUCAAAAAGGUGUCCGCUUGAAGGGAUGCCCCAAUGAACCGUAUUUUGGGAGUUUGACAGCUUUGGUUUAUCAACAUUCAAUCACUCCCCUGGCACUGCCAUGCAAAUUGCUCAUCCCUGACAAAGAUCCUUUAGAAGAGAUUGCAGAGACAGCUCCUCAGACAGCUGCAAACUCUGCUGCAGAGCUGCUGAAGCAAGGAGCAGCUUGCAAUGUUUGGUAUCUGAAUUCAGUAGAACUGGAGUCACUUACAGGAUAUCAGGCUGUGCAGAAAGCAUUGAGUAUAACUCAACUUCAAGAUCCCCCACCUAUUUCUACAGUGGUGCACUUCAAGGUGUCUGCACAAGGAAUCACUCUAACAGACAAUCAACGGAAAUUGUUUUUCCGAAGACAUUAUCCAGUAAAUACUGUCAUAUUCUGUGCCCUGGAUCCACAAGACAGAAAGUGGACAAGAGAUGGACUUUCGGCAAAGGUGUUUGGCUUUGUAGCCAGAAGGGGCAAUGGUAACGACAACAUCUGUCAUCUUUUUGCGGAACACGAUCCAGAGCAACCUGCUAGUGCCAUUGUGAACUUUGUGUCGAAGGUCAUGAUUGGGUCUCAGAAGAAAAUUUAGAAUCGGUGUCCAGGAGAAUUGAUUGAAAGACAAUGAAGCAUACUUUGUAUCCUCUUAAGAGCAAAUGUUUAAACACAAAUAAUUACAAGACUGAGAAAAUAAGUAGAAAAGGACCAAUAUUAAAAACUGUAACGGAAAUUUCAUGACACAUACUUUUAAGUGUUUCGGUCAUGUGGAAAUUUAGUAUUAUGGUUUCAGAGAUUCUAUAAUUUCAUAGUAUUGUCCCUUCUACAAACACCACAUAGGAAACAUUAUUAAAAUUAUUUUAUUUACACUGUAUAAUAGAAAAAUAAAAUGUCAUCUUUAAUAUUUCCUAAGACCCUAUACAGCCUACUCACAGUAUGCUGCCAUUAUAUUUAUUUUACUAAAAACAAGAACAGGUUCUUCUGGGGGGGGAUCUUUCUUCUCUCUUGUGGAACCCUCCAAUUUGUGAUUACAAAUUUCAAAAUAAAAAAAAAUUAAGGAGCAUAGAUAUGACUGUGAAAUGAGUCCUAGUUCAAGCUCCUUUAAUUGCGUUAUAGCUCCAGGUCUUGGUAACAUUAAACCCAAUAGAGUCUGAAGAAAUGAAAAACCACCUUGGGAUUGAAGCGAAUAUUUAAGCAGGUUUGUUUUAAAAAAAGGAAAGUGCAAGUAGUAAAGAGAAUGAAGUUGAGAAUUAUCAUUAUAUUGUAAGGAUGGUUAUAGGAGGUUAAUGCACUAAAAGGCUUAUUGUAAGUAGAACUCUGAAGGCAAUUAGGGGGGAAGUUAUCUAUAACUAGUGGAAAGGUCAGUGGUUUGGAAGGGUGUUUUAAGUGUCAGACAGAUCCAAGAUCGAAUUAAAUUACUAUUUUCAAAGUGUAGUGAUAACUUUGUCAGAAAUAUCAAUAGUAGCUUAUAUAUUAUUCCAAUGUGAACAAGGACAGCUAUGAAACAGCUACUGUAAUGCAGAGGUAAUAUACAU